CCCCCCCCGGACGUAUUCAGUGGAAAUUAUAUUUAGAGGGUUACUGGAAAGUCUGUUCCUUCACCAUACGCUGAAUCGUCGACAUCUUGAUCUUGAUCGGGGACCGGUAAUAAUAUGAGUUACACAGUUCAUGAGCCUAUCAAACGGCAUGUAAAUGUAUACCACUGGUCGCAAAAGGCUGUGCUCAGAGUCUACGAUGGGGUGGAACCCGAUCUUGCUCCACCCAGUAAUAGCACAGUGAUCUUGCUGUUAACUUGCUGUUUUCGUUGGAAAUUUCCAUCCCAAACAGUAAGAUCAUGGUCUUUCUUCGUCGUGCCUCCUUUUCGACAAGUUAAAAAAACCUCCAAGAACCCUCCUUUCACCAUCUCUUCAAUGGACCCCUUCUUGUCCCAAAGCAUUCCAGAACUUAUAAUAGACGCCAUUAGCUUAUGGACGGACAGAUACCGCUCUACCCGAGCUCUAACAUCCUGUAGCCUCGCUUCACGCAGCCUCCUCCCACGAUCCCGCUUCCAUCUUUUCCCGCGGGGUUGUCAGGCGCUGAAGAGGGCCUUUCUAGUCGAUGUAGAUAUGAAGGGAUUUCCGUGGAAUUUGAGGUUAUUGGAUGUUGAGUUUUGUCCGUACGUCAAACAACGGCUGCAGAACGCUCUUCUGAGGCCGGGAACGCUGAGGAAUUUACGAUCGCUGGCGGUUAAGUUUUGCGAAAGGAACGAUGAGGAACUCCAUUUUACAAAUAUUGAUACACGGCGCAAUAUGGAGGCUUCGAUUCAACAUUACUUCAUCUGGACACUGCAAGUCCCCACUUCAAGGGAAAUAGACAUCUUCGUUCCCUCGCCUAGCAUGUAUGAAAUUCAAAACGCCGACAGCCUCUGGGACGCUCUGGAUGACAGAAAUAUCAAGUUGAUGAUCGACCUCUCUUGGGAUCGGGGUGAGCAGACGUGCUGGAAAUUUCAGGAUGCGAUAUGGGUGUAUAGUUUGGACAGGAAUCAGUUGGAAGAAAUGAGAGAUUUCAUAUUGAGUAGGAUGGAAAGACUGGCGAAAAGGGGGAUGCUGGAAGUGCGGGUAAGGGUUGCAAGGAAACUUUUCACGAAGAUUGGACCAUAUUAGCUUGAUAAAUAGAGAUUGUGAUGCUUGAUUUCUCCUUUUCCGUAAAAAAUAUCAAUUACAGGUUGCAUAGAAGUUUAUCGUGGGCUCGACAUCAAUCGAUAACGAUG